AUGUCAUUUGCCAGUCCUAAUUCUCUUCUACAAGUUCUGACAGUAUAUGGUUAUCGUAGUGAUAUUAAAAUUCGUCGAUCUUGUUAUAAUUUGGUUGGCAUGACGAGCCCUGAUCCGCAACGGCAGCACAAGACCAGUAAUAUUAAUCAUCAUAGUAAUUCUAAAUUCUUUCACUUGAAAUAUGGGCAUCGACAGACACGGGAACAGUCUACAAUAGCAAAAAAGAGGAAUGACGAAAUAUCACUUCAAGAUUAUCCGAUUGAACGUAUUCGAAAUUUUAGUAUAAUUGCUCAUGUAGAUCAUGGGAAAAGCACGUUGGCUGAUAGAUUGCUAGAGCUUACAGGCACAAUAUCUUCAAAUGAAUCCCAUGCUCAGGUUUUAGAUAAACUUACUGUAGAGCGUGAACGUGGGAUUACUGUCAAAGCUCAGACAUGUUCAAUGUUUUAUCGAUAUAAAGACGAAGAUUAUUUAUUAAAUUUGAUCGAUACACCGGGACACGUUGAUUUUAGCUAUGAAGUUUCUCGUUCACUAGCAGCCUGUCAAGGAACACUUUUGUUAAUUGAUGCUUCUCAAGGAAUACAGGCUCAAACGGUCGCUAAUUUCUUUUUAGCUUUCGGUGAAGGGUUGUCAAUUAUUCCGAUUUUGAAUAAGAUUGAUUUGCCAUCUGCAGACCCUGAACGAGUACAAUUGCAAAUUGAAAGCACAUUUGAAAUUGAUACCAAAGAAAUUUUAAUGAUUUCCGCGAAAUCGGGUCUAAAUGUUGAUAUGAUAUUGCCGCGAGUUAUUGAAAAGAUCCCACCACCGACCGGUGACAUUUCACUACCUUUAAAAGCACUUUUGUUUGAUUCAUGGUACGAUACUUAUGUUGGUGUUGUCUGCUUGAUGGCUAUAAAAGAUGGAAAACUUCAAAAAGGAGAUAAAAUAGUUUCUGCGUACUCGCAGGUUCGAUACGAAGUGGUAGAAUGUGGAAUAAUGUAUCCUGAACAAAUGCCAACUGGAUAUCUACAUGCAGGACAAGUAGGAUAUGUUGUAUGCAGUAUGAAAGUCGCAGCUGAGGCACAUGUAGGCGAUACGUUUUAUCAAUUUAAGAAUCCUGUUGAACCGUUACCGGGAUUUGAACCGGCGAAAUCUAUGGUAUUUGCUGGUGUAUUCCCAGUGGAUACAAACGAGUUUAACAAAUUGGAUGAAUCGAUAACCAAGCUUACUUUGAAUGAUGCUAGUGUUUCAGUGCAAAAAGAAACGAGCGAUGCUUUGGGACAAGGAUGGCGCAUUGGGUUCUUGGGAACAUUGCAUAUGGAUGUAUUUCGGCAGCGAUUAGAAGAGGAAUACGAAGCUAAUGUUAUUGUCACUCAACCGACUGUACCAUAUAAAAUUUUAUUCCGUGAUGGGACUUCGAAGCUUAUAAGAAAUCCUUCAGAAUUUCCCGAAGCUCACGACAUGGCAAAUAAAGUUGCUGGUCUUGAAGAACCGAUGGUUCUAGGAACAUUUAUUGUACCGGAACAAUAUUUGGGCACAAUGAUGGACCUAUGUGGGUCACGUCGUGGCGAACAAAAAGAAUACAAUUACAUGGACGAAACGCGCGUAAUUCUCAAAUACGUGUUACCUUUUGCUGAAAUUGUUACUAAUUUUCAUGACGAAUUGAAGUCACGGUCUAGCGGGUAUGCAACGUUCGAUUAUGAAGAAAUGGGAUACCAAACUUCUGAUAUUGUCAGAAUGAAUGUACUAAUAAAUAAGAAACCGGUGGACGCACUUGCUGCGAUACUUCACCGAUCGCAAGUAGAGAAGGUUGGUCGUGAUUGGGCAAAAAAACUAAGCGAAGUUAUACCAAAACAGUUGUACGAAAUUAUGAUACAGACGGCUGUUGGAGGUAGAAUUGUAGCGCGAGAAACUAUUCCGGCGUUGCGUAAAAAUGUCACAGCGAAAUUA